AUGAGCCUUAAACCUCUUUCAGGGAAAGAAAGAACGGUCUACUUCUUUGGUAUGGCUGGGCUUAUAAUUUUCAUGGGCAUCACUGCAGGGCUACAGGUAGCACUGUUUUCAAUCGACCAGUUACUUUUGCGUAUUCUUUCGAGAACGGGAUCAUCAGAGCAACAACAACAAAAAGCCUCUGCACUUUUGCGUGUACUAGGACUAGGUCAUUGGACACUUGUUGCCUUGUUAGUAUCGAAUGCAUCAGCGAUGACAGGAUUACCUAUUCUACUUGAAAAUGUCUUUGAUGAACUAACUGCACUUCUCGUUUCUAUCUCAGUAGUUUUGAUUAUUGGAGAUGUUAUUCCUCUCUCAGUUUUUGUUCGUUGGCCGAUGCAAGUAUGUUCCUUCUUUCUUCCAUUAAUGUGGGUUAUUAAUGUCGUUACAGCUCCUGUGAGUUACCCUGUUGGAAAGUUGUUAGAUAUGUUCUUAGGACACAAGGAAGAACAUCUACAACGUGAUGAGUUAGUUUCAAUUAUAGUGUUACAAAAUGAGGAGCAAACACUUUUGCGAGAAUCGGAGGUAAAGAUGGUGCAAGGCGCAUUGAGACUCUCUAGUUUACGAGUAAAGGAUUGUAUUGUCACUACAGAAGAUAAGGCAUUUAUGCUUUCCUCACAAACUCUACUAAAUGAAGAGACAAUUGAAAAUAUUCUCCUUCAAGGAUAUAGCCGCGUACCAGUGUACUUUAAUGACAACAAGCGACACAUCCUUGGAACUCUAAUAGUGGACUCCAUAGUGAAAUUGUGUUUUACAAAACCACAUAAACCACCUCGUGUGGGUGAGUUGCCUCUUUCAGAAGUUCUGAGAUUGUGCAUAAAUACCACACUCUAUGAGUCUUAUCUUGCAUUUAAGGAAGGUUCAUACAAUAUGGCUGUAGUGUACGAUACCUGUGGUGUAAUGUGUGGACUGUGGACACUUACUGAUCUGCUUGGUACAAUGUACAACACUUCCUCAACAGAAGAAGAGACUUUUAAGCAGGAACGCAUGAUUGAAUUAUUAAAAAAUAUAAAAGUUUUGAACGCGUCAAAGCGAAAGUUAGUGCCUUCAGUAACUAAUGCCACAGAAAAAGAGGGUUUAUAA